AUGUCAGCUUCUAAUUUUAAGACUUUAGGUCUUUCUAAAUGGUUGGUUGAAUCCUUAACCGCAAUGAAAAUUACACAACCAACAGAGAUUCAAAAGCAUUGUAUACCGAAAAUUUUGGAAGGUAGUGACUGCAUAGGUGGUGCCAAGACUGGUUCUGGUAAGACAAUUGCUUUUGCUGGCCCUAUGUUAACUAAAUGGUCCGAGGAUCCAAGUGGGAUGUUUGGUAUUGUAUUGACACCAACUAGAGAACUGGCUAUGCAAAUAGCAGAACAGUUCACAGCUUUAGGAAGUCAAAUGAAUAUCCGUGUAGCUUUAGUUGUAGGUGGGGAGAGUAUUGUACAGCAAGCUAUUGAGUUACAGAGGAAACCCCAUUUUAUCAUUGCUACUCCAGGUAGAUUGGCUCAUCAUAUUAUGAAUAGUGGUGAUGAUACAGUGGGAGGAUUGAGACGUGUAAAAUAUCUAGUUUUAGAUGAAGCAGAUUUUUUACUCACAGAUACUUUUGCAAAUGAUUUAGGAACUUGUAUUGGCGCAUUACCGCCAAAGAAUAAAAGGCAAACAUUAUUAUUUACUGCUACAAUGACAGAUCAAGUGAAGGCUCUCCAGGAGGCACCAAGUAUAGAAGGCAAGCCACCUCUUUUCUCAUACCAAGUUGAAAGUAUCGAUAAUGUAGCUAUUCCUUCGACGUUACAAACAGAGUACUUAUUAGUCCCAGAACAUGUUAAGGAGGCUUAUUUGUAUCAGCUGUUGACAUGUCAGGAAUACAUCGAAUCCAGUGCUAUAAUAUUUGUUAAUAGAACUACCGCAGCAGAAGUUUUACGUAGAACAUUGUUUCGUUUAGGCUUGAGAGUAGCAUCCUUACAUUCACAGAUGCCACAACAAGAGAGAACAAAUUCUUUACAAAGAUUCCGUGCGAAUGCAGCAAGGAUCUUAAUCGCUACAGAUGUUGCGUCUAGAGGUUUGGAUAUCCCUAUUGUCGAAUUAGUCAUUAAUUAUGACAUCCCAUCCGACCCAGAUACGUAUAUCCAUCGUUCUGGUCGUACUGCUCGUGCAGGAAGAACGGGUGAUGCCAUUAGUUUUGUCACUGAGAGAGAUAUUUCUAGAAUUGAGGCUAUUGAGGACCGUAUCAACAAAAAAAUGACGGAAUGUGAUAAAGUGCAUGAUACUGCCGUAAUCAGGAAAGCAUUGACAAAGGUAACAAAGGCAAAGAGAGAAUCAUUAAUGGAGAUGGAAAAGGCUAACUUUGGAGAGAGAAGAAAACAAAGAAAGAACACUAACUUCAGUAAGAAGAGUUCACGGGUAUAA